AUGAAGAUGCCUCGGUCAUCGCGCCAACCGCUGCUGCCACUGUUGUUGCUGCUGGCCCUUGCGGUGGCUCUCGCCGCCGUGCCGGCCCUCGCAGACGUCGAGGACUUGAGUGAGGGCGAUCAGGGAGAAUACACGGUGCUGGGCGAUGACACAUUCGACGCCUACGUUUUCCCGAAGGAGUCACGCACCCAACCACUCUCGUGGUUCAUCUUCUUCUACGCCCCGUGGUGUGGCCACUGCAAGAACCUCCUCCCGCAGUUCGCGAACGCCAGCCGCCUGCUGAGCGAGAGCGGUCUGCCGCACGCAAAGCUCGGGGUGGUGAACGCGGUCAAGAACAAGGCGCUGGCGUCACGCUUCGCAAUUGAGGCGUAUCCGACACUCAUCUACACCACCGGCAAGCCGGGGCUCUGGCACAAGUUCCGCGGCGGCUACAGCCUCGACAAUUUCGUGCAGUUCCCGCUAUACCUGCAGCGCGGCGUUGGAGCAGGCUCCUUCGCCGACGUCUUGUCGGAUCCGCGGCGGUUCCUGGAGGUGGAGCGGCAGCUGGCGGACGGACGCGUCUCAAUGUUCGUCUACGUGCCGGCAACCGAAAAGAAGACAAGUGAGACAUCCAAAGCCCCAGAGGCCACGGAAAAUGCAACAGAAGAACCACCAGCAAAGAAGACAGUGGCGCAGCGACAGGCGGAGGCGCGUAACGCACAGUGGAACGUCGCCGUUGACGCCGCCGCGUCGAUGGGGAACGUUCGCUUCGGUGUGAUUUACGGCGACGACGUACCGGACGACUGGGAGGNCGUCGCCGUUGACGCCGCCGCGUCGAUGGGGAACGUUCGCUUCGGUGUGAUUUACGGCGACGACGUACCGGACGACUGGGAGGAGAAGGGCGGCGCGUCGUAUGUUGCUGUUGUUGAGGCAGGGCGCCGCUGCAAAGGCACCGGGCCGGGUGGUGAGGUGUUCAUCGCACAGUCCGACGCACACAGGCAGCCGCAGUGCUACGGGGUAGGCCCAUGGUUCGCGGAGCCCAAAGGCGAUACAACAGCAGUCCAGCUGCACCCGUCACUUGCGGAAUUCAUAACGCACCACGGCUUCCGCGCUGUGGAGGAGGUGACGCCUGGGAUCUUCUCCGUGCUGCAGACGGAGGACCACCACUACUUGGGUCUCCUCCUCACCAACGGUCCGCUGGCCCGCAGCGACGCCGAUAUGAUGCCGGUGCUGCGCGAGGUGGUGCAGGCGCGGAACGAGGUGCGCACGCGCCGUGAGGCUGACCGCAACAGUAAGGUUACCGCUAGCGAUAAUGACAAUAAUAAUAAUAAUAAUAAUGCUGCAGGUGAGAAGAUUGUGCCGCAGCGCCGCAUCUCCCUGGCACACGUGGACGGCGGCACACAUAUGGCGUGGCGUAAGCGCUACCAUAUUGAGGAGAGCGAGCUGCCCGCCUUUAUUGUCGUCGAUCCGCGCCGCGACAAGGUGUACCACCUGCGCCAUCACACUCCGCGCUUUGAGGAGGUCAAGACACAGCUGCCAUGGCGAGUGGGAGGCGAGCAGCAGUCCAUCAUCACGGCCUUCCUCGACGACGUCGAGCAGGGAAAUGCCCACGGGGUGAAGAUGAGUUUCAUUGGCGAGAUCGCAGAGUUCCUNCGGCCUUCCUCGACGACGUCGAGCAGGGAAAUGCCCACGGGGUGA